AUGGCAUUUCAGCAAGAGGCCGUAGGAAUGCUGUGGGAGGAGCUCGGCCGCGGCUACAAUCUCAGCGCCAAGCUUCUGGCUUUGCUCAGCCAACCCAGCCACCUCCUCGAUAGCCAUGGCCAGGAGAUGGCUGUGGCCAUAAGCCAAGAGCUUUCUCAGGUGUUCAGGGCGUCUCUGUCGAUGCUCAACCCCGGCAACAGUGGCAGGGUGGUGGAAGGCAGGGCGACAGCGCUCGAGGCUGCGAUCAUGGAGGGUAGCAUCAGCCAGGCCACUCCGGCGAUCAUCAGUGGAGAAGAGAUUACUCCCCCAAGAAUAGGUAAAGAAGAGGAGAUUACAGCCGAGCCUUACAAGGAUGGUUACAAAUGGAAAAAAUAUGGGCAAAAGAACAUUAAGAACCGAAAGUUUGCAAGCGGUAUAUUUGUUAAUGACUUAACAGUCAAUAAGCUGUCAACCAACAAAAGGUUGUACUUCCGAUGCAUGCAUAGCCAUGAGCGCGGCUGCAGGGCGAAGAAGCAGGUGCAGCAACAUGAUAGCAGCAGCGACACUCCUCCAUUGUUCAAGGUCACCUACCUGAACGAGCACACGUGCCACCAAGUGUUUCCCAACGUGGACAUCACCAAUGCAAAUUUACCCGCGAGGAGCACUACGGCAAGGAAUGGCGCUGACUUUGAUCCUGCACGCCACCACCUCCACGUCGGCGGGAACGGCGAAUUAGAGGACAGAAUCAUGACCUCGACCUUCAGCACGGUCAUCGGCGGAGCUGCCCUUGCUGCUCCGUCGUUGUCGCCCUUGCCGUCGCCGCCUCCCGUGGAAGCGAGCCCGAGCGAUCCGGCGUCGUACGACACGGGUGGCGGACAGUCACCGAGCCUGCUGGACAUGAGCUUGUGCCUGGACGAGACGAUGAUGGACGAGAUGUAUUUCUCGUGCGGUUCGCCAUUUCCUCCGGUCGAGGCACCUGUAGCUCCAUCGUCGUUGUCGUCCUUGCCGCAGCAGCUACCCAUGGAAGCGAGCUCGAUUGAUCCGGCGGCGGCGUACAUGCCGUCCCGCGGUGGACACUCACUGAGCCUGGACGCGAUGAUGAUGGCGGAGAUUUUUCACUGGAGCAGCCCGCUAUUUUCUCCACGUUGA